AUGCCCACCGGCAACCAUUCUAACAUUCCGAUUGCUGAGGGUUUUAAGAGCUCUGAUAAAAUCUCACCCACUAGCUGUUCUUUGUGCAUUUGUGUGAUGAACUCUUAUCCGAGCCCGUUCUUUCAAUAUUCCGCUGAUCCUGCGACUGUUCCCAUCCCGCCUUCUACGCCCAGAGUCUCCUCUGACGUCCGCUAUGGCUCUCAGUUUUCCUACUAUCCCAAUGGCAUGUCCAUCAUUCCCCCUGGUGUAGGAUUUGGUGUGCCUGCCGAUCAGUGGCGUGUAGCACAUCCUACCGCUUGUCCAUCCCUCGCCCCACCCACCAUGUGCAUUGAUGCCACACAGCAAUUCUUGUCUGUUCCUCGGUCCCACGAUCCCCAGUUUCCGGGGAACAGGAUGGUGGCGCAUCCUCCUGGCAGUGCUACAUUUAGCCGCACACUGCACACCGGAGAAAUGUACGGUGAGACAAGGCAUCAGGGACGUACAGGCCAGACCCCGGCAAUCAAUACGCAUCCUCAAAGUCAGAUUGCCCUUGUACGACGUUCGGCAGUGGUUCGCCCCGGAAGUUUCAUCGUACCCUCCACUUUGUCACGUCCAGAGCCCAGCCGCGAACUCCACCAGGAUUGGCUCCCGCCCCCAUCAACACCGCAGAUGUUGACAACCUCCCCGAGCGCGGUCUCGCGUACGCGUUGUCUGUGGACAGGAUGCACGAUUCUACUUGAUGAUACGUCCAUCGCGGGGAUAAAGCGGCAUCUCGCAGCCGUCCACGCCGACGAGGCAGUCCCGACGUUCGACGCGCAACCGGGGAUGUGUAAAUGGACACUCGGGGAGCACGGUCACGAGUGCGGCAGGGGGCUUCACCGCGCGAGCCUGGGGAAGCACAUCGCGUCCGUCCAUUUGAAGAGUACGGUGAAGCAAUGCCCGCUCUGCCACGCGUCGUUCUCUCGAAACGAUUGCGUCGUUCGCCAUAUGAAGCACUGCGGUGGGAGCUAG